AUGGACAUGCGGCAGCGAACGAAGUCACACUUGCUGGAUGGUGCAAUUGGGAACAUAGUUCGGUGUGCGACAGUAUUUGCGGAUCCGGAGAUGAACAUGGAGUUGCAUGAAUUAGCCAAGAUAUUAACUGAAGGUAUCGCAAAAGUGAACGAUGAUUACUCGAAAAGUCUGCAGGGUGAUGAAGGAUUUCAAGGCAUUUCAAAAGGCCUAGACCAGCUAGAAGAGAUGCUGAAUAUGAAAACAUUAGAUAGGCUUUCCAUCACAACCGGGUUUCCUGUUUGGCUUGUUGCUUUCGGGAAAGCUGGUUCUGCAUUUAUGAAUUUCAUUGAAUUGAUUGAGACAGUAGGGAGUAAAGAAAUUGAGGCAUGGAUGACCUUUGAUGAAAAAAAUAAUGGCAGUAUUGGAGAAUGA